AUGCCCUGGGGCGCUAACGCUAACGGAGGGGAUCAGCAGCUGAAACUGCGCAUGCUCCUUGGGAGCUCCGGUGUGGGAUGGACGAUAAAACUGCUGCUGCCGCCUCCGUGUGAGCGAGAAGUCCCGGGGGCGGCAGUUUCUCUCGGCCCCGGGAACCUGGGAGAAGCCUCGGAGCUGCCUCGGCCCCAGGAGCUGCAGCAGGAUCCGCCCCGCUGGGAUGGGGGGGGCGGGCUGCAGAAUGACGUCCAUGUUUUGCUCCAGCUCAUCCCAACCUCCCAUGACAGAGGGAAGAGAAAUGGCUGCAGUGGAGCCAGCUCAGGGUUUCCAGUUUCCAGACCUCCUAUAAUUUCCCAUCUGGAACAAGGGGAAGAGCCAUGGGUCCCAGACCUCCAGGGUUCAGAGGAAAGAGAGAUCCAGAGAGUUGCCUGCACAGCAGGUGACACAGUGGUAUGUGAGAAAGAGGAGCAGAAUUGUCAGCAGGAACAUGUUGAGCAAGUGGCUGAACACAGAGAAUUAUCGCAAAGAUCGAAAAGGAAUGUGUCCAGGAGUCAUGAGCAGGAAAACUCCUGUGAGAUUCAGCACAGACCAGAAAGAGAGGAAGGAAAGCAAGCAGGGGAGAAAAUGGGUAAAUUUAUUUCCUGUCGGGGAACUCAGAGUGUCAAGGAAACCACAACACAGCAGGAAAUCCUCAUGGGAAAGAGGAAAAAUACAUGCAGUGAGUGUGGAAAAACCUUCACUUACAGCUCAGCCCUUUCUCAACAUCAGAGAAUCCACACAGGAGAGAGGCCCUAUGAAUGCCGUGAGUGUGGGAAAAGCUUCGCUCACAGCUAUCGCCUUACUGCGCAUCAGAGAAUCCACACAGGGGAGAAGCCCUAUGAAUGCCGUGAGUGUGGGAAAAGCUUCACUCACAACUUUCAGCUUACUACGCAUCAGAGAAUCCACACAGGGGAGAAGCCCUAUAAAUGCAGUGAGUGUGGGAAAAGCUUCACUGACAGCUAUAUCCUCACUAUGCAUCAGAGAAUCCACACAGGGGAGAAGCCCUAUGAAUGCAGUGAGUGUGGGAAAAGCUUCACUAGCAGCUCAGGCCUUUGCAAACAUCAGAGAAUCCACACAGGGGAGCAACUUACUAGGCAUCAGAGAAUCCACACAGGGGAGCGGCCCUAUGAAUGCAGUGAGUGUGGGAAAAGUUUCACUCACAGCUUUUGCCUUUCUCAACAUAAGAGAAUCCACACAGGGGAGAGGCCUUUUGAAUGCAGUGAGUGUGGGAAAAGCUUCACUUCCAAGUCAAGCCUUAUUACCCAUCUCAGAAUCCACACAGGGGAGAGGCCCUAUAAAUGCAGUGAGUGUGAGAAAAGCUUCAGUUCCAAUUCAAACCUUAUUUUGCAUCUCGGAAGACACACAGGGGAGAGGCCCUACAAAUGCAGUGAGUGUGGGAAAAGAUUCCCUAGCAGCUCAGGCCUUUGCAGACAUCAGAGAAUCCACACAGGUAUGCGACCCAGUGGAAGCGGUGAGAGUGGGAAAACCUUGUCUUGCCACUGAGCCCAUGUGAGCCAUCAGAGAAUCUGCAAGGAGGAUCAACACUAUAAAACUCUCUAGGGCUAUCAAUACUUUAAUACUUUCCUGAUUCCCACAGAUUAACUUUUAAAAGCUGUUUGAAGCACCGAUAACCCUCACUUUGCCCAGAUGAGUGAGUGACCUGUUUUUGCAUUUUCCAGUUUGACCUCUUUGAGGUGGACUCAUUUGUCCUUUCUAUCAACUCCAUUCUCCCAUGAGUAAUUCUAGUGUGCCCUUCCUAUCAGGAACCAGGGAGCAUCACAUUUAUACCAGUCUUCCUAUUGCCAAGUUAUUGUUAGAGUCACCAGUGAUACAGAUUGUAUCAUUGCCAGUUGUUCUCAUGCUCUGCUGAAGAGCAGUUAUAAUGGGAACUUUUUCAUAUUAAAUUUAAAUGAAGAGGAGCAGGGGCAGGAAAAAAAGUGUCAUUUCAGCCUCUGUGGUACUGGAAGGAGACGUAAAAAGCAACAGAGUCCUGUGGCACCUUAUAAACUAAAAUACGUAUUGGAGCAUAAGCAAUAUACAGAAACCUGUAGAAGAACACUUCAAUCCCCCUGGACACACAAUAGCAGACUUAAAAGUAGCCAGCCUGCAGCAGAAAAUACUUCAGGGCCAGACUUCAAAGAGAAACUGCUGAGCUCCAGUUAAUCUGCAAAUCUGACACCAUCAGCGCAGGAUU